AUGACUUACGCGGAUAAUUCUAAGUCAAUAAGCCAUUCAACCUCUAAGCAUAACAUAAAUUGUAAUUCAAAACCUAUCGAUAAUAGAACUAAGUCUUCUAAUGUUAAACAGGCCGGUGAGAAGAAGCUGUGUCAAAGGGUCGGCGGAAGGGAGACGGAAAAUAAGUUACUACUGCAGAUAAGCGAAGCCGAACAAGUGUCGGACUUUGAAAGGAUUCUUAAUUCUAAUGCAAUACUGUGGGAGCGCACUCGUGGGCACGUGUGGCGAGGCAGCGUCGCUGCUCAUACCUCUUCGGCAUCACUUCUCUCGAGACCACGUUCAUCUUACUCUCUACGAACUGUAAGUCAGGCUUACAACACGCUUUUCCGCCAGCACGAAGAAUCCCUUCAAAGCCUCAUCGACCGAUAUCGUCAAGAAACAGAGGAACACAAAAAUGCAACUUCGAGCUUACUAGAAAACAAUUGGUACGAAAAUCUUCAAGGUCUUUCCGAAUUUUAUGAGGACGAUCAAACUUUACAGAAAGAAAUCGAAACAAUCACUGAUCGAAUAAUAGCAGAGGAAGUGCGUAAUGGUGAGGGUGGCCAAACGACUAGGCGGAGCAAUUUUAAUGUCAACUUAGCCGGUCUAAUUGGCUUACAAGUGAACGGGGACGGUGUGUCUCCAACCUUUCGUGACGACCCAUCGCCAGAAAUAGAAAGACUUGAUACUAGCGAUGAAAAGGAAUGGCUUGCCCCGAGUAUGAGUGCAAAUUGUAAAGAAAAAUACUUACAGGACAAUAGCGAAUCCGGCAUUGAUUGCUUGGCGCAAAAUUUAAAUACGAUCCAAAUUGAUUGCGAUGGGAAUGUUCCUAUGAUAACAUUUAGCAAUUGUUGUGAAGGUCGUUCGCAGGCUGACAAUCCGAACAAUUCAGACGUGGUUAUUCAUCUUGCCGUGCCCUCGAUUGAUAACGUUGACGAGGCGCGACCGCCUAUG